AUGAUAUCUGACAACCCCUCGCUCGCCGUCACGAGCCUUUCUGCCGGCUCGAGCGGCGGGUCCAAGGAGCUGAUGACGCUCAUGACAGUCCCCUCGACGUCUCUCAUCACUGAUGCCACUGCCAGCGGCGAUGCUACAGCCGACGGUUACUAUACAACCGGACAUGCUACAGCCGCUGGCACAACCGCCGUCGGUGGUACCGCUGUUGAACCGGCACCCGCGUUCGCGGAACCGCCGCUCUCGCGUCAGCGGAGGGAGACGGAGGAGCUGCUGUUGGCGGUUAACUCGAGCGUGCUGCUGCGGAUUCUCUCUGAUGUCAGCCUGUCGGCCGAGGACCUCGCGCGCCUCGAGCUCGUGUGCGGGUUCUUCCGCCGGCCCGCGCAUCUGACUCCGCAUCCGCGCCUCUCGCUGGCAGAAGUGGCGGCGCACGACCGCUGCCAGCAGCACUCCCUGCGCUUCCGCAUGCUGCCCCCCGCGCAGCAGCGCCUGCUGUGGGCGCGCUGCGGGCGGUCGUGGAAGCUUUUGCUGCGCUUCCUCAUCACCAGCGACGCCUGCAUCAGGCACGGCCAGCCGCAGGUGGCAGCGGGGUGUGCGCACAGCGUAGCGGUGGGGCGCGGUGGAGAGGUGUGGACGUUCGGGCACGGAUCGGCAGGGCAGCUGGGGAGACCUCUGGCUUCUGCUGGCAGUGCUGGUGGUGCUGCUGGUGGUGCGGUUGCUGCUGCAGCUGCUGCUGGCUAUGCUGGUUUUGCCGCUGCUGCUGCUGCUGCUGCUGCUGUUGGUGGGUUUGCUGGUCUUGCAAACGAUGUGACAACCACAUUAACAACAACUGCAACGGGGGCUGUGACUGUGACUUUAAGGAGUGGGAUGGAAAGAGGACCGGUGGGGAGUGGUGAUGCGUCGGCGGAGCCUUCCUGGAAGCCACAGAUUGUGAGGUCGUUGCUGGGAGUGCGCGUGGUGCAGGCGGCAGCAGGCCGGGCGAGGACAAUGCUGGUCUCGGACACAGGCUCGGUGUAUCACUUCGGCAGGGACUGCUUCGGCGACCAGGAAUACUCCCUCACCUCCCCCGAGCCUGUCACUGAGCCUCGGCUCGUGGAGUCGCUUCGGCACAUUCAAGUUGUUCAGGUCGCGUUGGGGAAUUUCUUCACAGCAGUGCUCUCAGCGGAAGGCCGCGUCUUCACUCUCUCUUGGGGCGGCCGGGGGGAUGGCAGACGCACCACCAUCACUGCUGCUGCUGCUGCUGCUGCUGCUGCUGCCACUGCCGCUGCUGCUGCCGCAGCUCCUGCUGCUGCUGCUGCCGCUUUCCCUGUUGCUGCUGUUUCCGCGAAUUCUGAUGCUGAUGGUGAUGCGAGCCAGGGCUUUAAUAAUGCUGUGGCAGCAGGCAGUGAGAUCCGAGGCGAGAGGCUCGGGCACGCCACCGACCCUGCGGAUACCGUGCCUCGGCAGCUGGCCGGGCCUGGGAUGAGAGCCGCGGAAGGGGGAGAGGAGUGGGAAGAAGAAGAGGAGGAGGAGGAGGAGGAGGGCGGGAUAGUGUCUCUCCCAGUGGUGCAGAUAGCAGGGGGACACUGCUACCUGCUGGGACUGACUUGUGCCAAGGAACCUCACGGCAGGUCGGUCUGGUCCAUAGGUUGUGGUCUGGGCGGCAAGCUGGGCCACGGCACAAAGUACGACGAACGCCGCCCGAAAGAGAUCUCGCACUUCAAAACCCUAGAGUUCGCCCCCACAGCCGUGGCUGCGGGCGCGUGGCAUGCUGCUGCUGUCGCUGCUGACGGGAGAGUCGCCACGUGGGGGUGGGGCAGGCACGGGUGUCUAGGGCAUGGGAAGGACCAGUGUGAAACGCUGCCCAGGGUUAUUGAGAGCUUGUGUAAAACGGAGGAGGAGGGGUGUAUGAGUAGUGGGGUGAGUGGAAGGGGUGGUGUUGGCGCUGGUGCUAAUGAUGCUGCUGGUUCUGGUGGUGCUGCCUCUACCUCUGCUUCUGCUGCUUCUCCAUCUGCUGCUGCUGUUUCUCCAUCUGGAGCUGGGGCGGGUUUCAGCAAGGAUGACUCGCACGGUUCACGUGGCAAGCUCCGUCCAGCUGUGAAAGCAUGCCACGUGGCAGCAGGGGAUUACACGACGUUUGUGGUGGGGGAGGGCGGCGAGGUGUGGUCGUUUGGGAGCGCGAAGAGCGCGUGUUUGGGGCAUGGCGGCGGGUGGGAGAGGGAGGAGGAGGAGGAAGGGGAGGAGAUUGACGAUGCUGAUCUUCACGACAUCGUGUUGCGGCAGCACCGGCGGCGCUAUCGGGAUGUGAUGCAGCCGCGGCGGGUGUCUCUGCUGGAAGAGCGAGCUACCCACCCACCUGCUUCUCUUACCCCUCUUGCUCUUCCCUCUCCCUUACACUGCCCACUCCCCCCACAUUCUCCCAGUUGCGGCAGCACCGGAGGCGCAACCGGGAUGUGA